ACACACACACUCACUCAUUCACACACUCCCCCAGCUCCACCAUGUCCGCCUGCUCCAGCGACCUGAGCUACGGCAGCCGUAUCUGCCUUCCCGGCUCCUGUGACUCUUGCACUGAUUCCUCCUGGCAGGUGGACGACUGCCCAGAGAGCUGCUGCGAGCCCCCCUGCUGCGCCCCCAGCUGCUGCGCCCCAGCCCCCUGCCUGACCCUGGUCUGCACCCCAGUGAGCUGUGUGUCCAGCCCCUGCUGCCAGGCGGCCUGUGAGCCCAGCCCCUGCCAAUCAGGCUGCACCAGCUCCUGCACGCCCUCGUGCUGCCAGCAGUCUAGCUGCCAGCCAGCUUGCUGCACCUCCUCCCCCUGCCAGCAGGCCUGCUGUGUGCCUGUCUGCUGCAAGUCUGUCUGCUGUGUGCCCACCUGCUACAAGCCUGUGUGCUGCGUGCCCACCUGCUCUGAGGGCUCCUCUUCAUGCUGCCAGCAGUCUGGCUGCCAGCCAGCUUGCUGCACCUCCUCCCCCUGCCAGCAGGCCUGCUGUGUGCCCAUCUGCUGCAAGUCUGUGUGCUCUGUGCCCAUCUGCUCUGAGGAUUCCUCUUCAUGCUGCCAGCAGUCUAGCUGCCAGCCAGCUUGCCGUGCCUCUUCCUCUUGCCAGCAGUCUUGCUGUGUGCCCAUCUGCUGCAAGCCCGUGUGCUGUGUGCCCACCUGCUCAGAGUCCUCCUCUUCAUGCUACCAGCAGUCUAGCUGCCAGCUGACUUGCUGCACUUCCUCCCCCUGUCAGCAGGCCUGCUGUGUGCCCGUCUGUUGCAAGCCCGUCUGCUGCAAGCCCAUCUGCUGUGUGCCUGUCUGCUCUGGGGCUUCCUCUCUGUGCUGCCAGCAGUCUAGCUGCCAGCCGGCUUGCUGUACCUCCUCCUGCUGCAAACCCUCCUCCUCUGUGUCCCUCCUCUGCCGCCCCGUGUGCAGGACUGCCUGCUGCGUGCCUGUCCCCUCCUGCUGUGCGCCCACCUCCUGCCAGUCCAGCUGCUGCCGUCCGGCCUCCUGCGUGUCCCUCCUCUGCUGCCCCGCAUGCUCCCGCCCAGCCUGUUGAGGCCUCUGCUCAGGCCAGGAGUCCAGCUGCUGCCAGGCACUUCCCCCAGGGCCAGCCAUGCUCAGGUCUUGAUCUGGCUUAGGUGGCUACCCCCACCUGGGGACAGGGUCCCCAUGUCUCCACUGUGCUGAGGUGACCACCCUCCUUGCUCCCAGGAGCCCCCAUCCUUGCUGCUCCCCAGCUGCUGCCUCCCAGCAUGUGCCCACCUGCCUGCUGGGCCCCCGUCCUCCCUCCCAGCUUCUCUGCCCCAGGUCAUUUGGCCUCAACUUGAGCCUGUCAGCACCUCCUCCUGCUCCCAAUAAACUCUCCUUGGCCACCUGA